UUGUAUUCCCUGUUACAGGUUAAUACCAGUGGGCAGUUUGUAGGGAUGGCUGAGAUGCUAGGUCCUGUUGAUUUCAAGAAGACCAUGGACUUCUGGCAACAAAAUAAAUGGAGUGGCUUUUUCCCUGUAGUUUGGCACAUUAUAAAGGACAUCCCGAAUCGGCUCUUCAAGCAUAUCACUCUAGAAAAUAAUGACAACAGACCUGUUACUUUCAGCAGGGACACUCAAGAGAUUGGCCUGCCCCAGGGUCUAGAAGUGUUGAAAAUUUUCAAGGCUUAUCGCCAUGGAACAUCAAUUCUGGAUGAUUUUGACUUUUAUGAAGAAAAAGAAAAUACACGCUGUGCACAGAAGGGCAUAAAUGCAGACUCGUUGCAUGAAGCCAGAGUAUCUUACUUUGGAACAGAUGACUUGAAAUCAAUGGGAGACAUUGAGGCAAGCAUGGAGAGUAUCAAUCUCCACGAGCCUUGGGACUAAUCCAGAUCGAUCUAUGUCACAUUGCAAAAUAUGACAAGGCAGUGACAUGGCUGACCACCCAACAAGUGGACACUACACAAAUUAACUGAAAAUAUGCUAUAGAAUGUUUGCACUUUCUAUGGACCCAGAUAUAUCGUUGUCAAGACAUGCUAUAGAAUGUUUGUACUUUGUGGACCUGAUAUAUAGUCGCUGGUACAACUUAGAUAUCUAGUUUCUGUCAGAGUAAAAGUUUGAGAUUAAGGUGGUUACAUGGUGACCGCCAUGUUGGUUGUAUGUCGCUGAUGGAAUAUUUUGGUUGACAAGAAUGGUUAACCAGCAGAUGAUCUGCAACUGCAUUUAGCAUGCAGGUUGUGAUUUUCA